AGAACUGGUAAAACUUAUGAAGAAUAUCCAAUGUAACUGAGAGUGACUGCAAACGUAGCUUCAUUAGUAAUGGUGUUUUUAUCAAUUACUAUUACGAGAGGCGAAAAACAUAAACAAGGAUAAUUUUUGAUCUUACCUGCUUUUCUUUUUCAUUUUGAUUUUUGUUUGGCUUCUGCUAUUGUGGUGUGGUGGUGGUGCUUGCUGCCUGCUGCACAUUUCCCUUUCUCACUUCACAAUCCACCUCUCACGUGAACCAUAAUUACACCCUUUCUUCAUCUUUUGCUUUUUCCUGUUCUUCACCUUCUAUUCUUAGGGUUUUCUAGGCAUUACAUUUUCUGAUCUCUGAUUUCUUUUGAUCUACUCAACCCUCUGUAGAUCCACCCAACUUUAUUGCUCUUGCUUCAGAAAUUUUCGAGGGUUUUUGCAGGAAAGAUUUCAGCUCUCAAGGGGUAAGUGUACAAUGAACAACACUGUGCACAUGUUUCACACAUUGGACAUUUGUGUGGAUUUGAGUAAGCAUUUUCUAAGUUGGGUUUAGGUUUUUUAAGUAAAAUUUGUUUUAAUUUGUGAUUUGGGUUGGGGUUUUGGGAAGUGGAUGAAUAAUUGACCAAUUUGAUCCGGCUCUUGUAUAUCAUUAUAUGAUUGUAUAUGUCAAAGAAGAUUGUAUUUUUCCGGAAUUUGAUGAGAAUGUGAAGUGGGAUUUGCUUGUUUAUGGCAACGAGGAAGGAAGUUGAGCUUCAUAGUUCGGCAGCUGACCAGUUUCUGUGAUUUUCUGAGUAUGUAGUUCUAGGUUUGAGUUUUUUUGAGGAUUUGAUUGAGAUUCUGUAGGGUGUGCUAAGUUAAAAGAGUUUCAGAUAUGCCUCCAUCGCCUGCUCUUAGAGUUUCCCCUGGGAGGGGGAUGAAGGCAGAGAAUCACAAGCGAGGCCGCAGUCUUGAGAGUGGGAUUCUCUUUCAAGAGAAGGAUGAUGAUCUUGCUCUGUUCAAUGAGGUGCAGAACAAAGAAACAAAUAAUUUCUUGCUUCAGACGAAUGAUGACUUUGAUGACAUGUUUUCAACAAAGGCGAGAAACUUCUCCGAUUACAAGCUUGGAAUAUCCAUUCCUGCUCGAGGGGAGAGUAGUGACCUGCUCAAUGCCGAAGGAGAUAAAAAUGAUUAUGACUGGUUAAUAACCCCUCCUGAAACUCCUCUAUUUCCUUCUUUGGAUGAUGAGGCACCAGCAGUUAGUCUUGCUCCCAGGGGCAGGCCCAGGAGUCAACCUAUUACAAUCUCGCGAUCAUCCACAAUGGAGAAGGGUUACAAGAGUAGCAGGACUAGUGCUAGUCCUCGUCGCCUUAGUCCAUCUCCUCGAUCUGGUACCAGUACGUUGCAGUCUAGAAGCAGACCAUUUUCUGCCACUCAUUCUAGUCCACCUCCUGCUUUGAGACAUUCUUCUCCAUCAAGGGGGCUGUCUCCCACACCAAGUAAGCAAAUACCUGCUCCAAGGAAUAGAACACCAACACCUAGGAGAAUGAGCACAGGUUCAACUGGUGCUACUGCACCUUCAAGGGUGAGAGGUGCCUCUCCUGUCAAGACAAGUCAGGGUAACUCUGCUUCACCUAAAAUAAAAGCAUGGCAAUCUAACAUCCCUGGAUUUUCCUUAGAGGCACCUCCUAAUCUUCGCACCUCACUGGCUGAUAGGCCAGCGUCAUAUGUCAGAGGUUCCUCACCGGCAUCGAGAAAUGGGUCUAGAUCUGCUAGACAGUCUAUGUCCCCCACUGCCUCAAGAAGUGUCGGUUCAUCCCAUAGUCGUGAAAGGGACCAAUUUAGUUCCUACAGCAGAGGUUCAGUUGCAUCAUCUGGUGAUGAUGAUGUGGACUCACUACAAUCCAUUCCUAUCAGCACCUCUGACCGCUCAUAUCCAAGAAGCAUAGGUACUUCACCAAAAUGCAAGACUAUGGGGCUUUCCAAGAAACCAACCAAAACUUUGUCAAAUUCUGCUCCCAAAAGAUCCUUUGACUUGGCACUUCGACAAAUGGAUAGGAAGGUUCCUCAGAAUAUGUUUAGACCCCUGCUGUCCAGUGUACCCAGUUCUACAUUCUCUGCAGGGAAAGCAAGUACACAUCAUCGUGCUCUGACAUCAAGAAAUUCUUCAAUCACAACUAGCAGUAAUGCCAGUUCUGAUCAAGGAACAAGUGGGGCACUUGAUACUGAAGAAAAUGAGCCAAACCAGGACGAGGUGACCAGCAACUUUGUGAAGGGACGAUACCCAACAAUGCAUGAUGAAGUAUUUGUCAUGGAUCAUGCUGAUGUCAUAAGUGAAGCAUUUGAGAACAGAAUUAUUGAGGAGGUACCUGGUUAUCAGGAUGAGGAAAAUGAUAAACCCGCUAGAGUUAUUUCUCAUUUAAAUACUACUGAGAGUAGCAGCCAACUUGAAACUAGCCCAGCUAUGGCUUCUGCUGAUGUAGACUCGGAUGGGAAAUAUGACGAUUCAGGUGUUGAUGAGACGACAGAUAUGGAAGUAUGCUCUGGAUGCAGUGACAGGUUUCCUUUAAGUCAAUUGGCAAGGGAAGGUGACCUAUGGUUCUGUGUGGAGUGCAAUAGUUUGAAAACAAAUCCAGUGGCAAGCCUCCCAGUGAAAACAGUAAAGAAAGAUAAGGAAAUUGCAGAAGAUUUUGUUCAUGAUGAAGAGUGUGGAUGGCUUGAGGUUUUGGACCAAUCUGUCUCAAUUCAAGAAUUGGUACCAGUUACGGGUGCUGGUGAAACAGAAAUGCACCACCUUGACUCUACUGCAACUGAUGCUCAACAGUCAAAGAGCGAGCCAUGCAUGGAUCAUGAAGUAUUGCAAUCUGAGAAGAGGGAGCUGGUAACUGGCCAGCAAGAGAUAGUUAGAGCUGUGGAUUGUCACAGUGGCAACCAACAAUUGCACCAGUCUGGUAUCUGUUCAACUUCAGAAGCUGAUGUUUCAGAAGGCACAGGUAUAUCAUUACUUCUGAAGAAAUCAAGUAGCAGUAAAGGACAUCUCUUACAAAGCAGGAGUUUCACCGCAAGUAAUAUUUGUUAUGAUGAUUUCUCUUAUGUGAGGGAUAGUGUUAAUAGUAUGAGAAGCUCUGGGGGGUAUAGUAAUGCAUCUAUAUCAUCCUCCAUUGAUCUGGGAUCUUCUAGGCAAAGUGAGGUACGCAUUAAUCGACAAUCAAGUGGCCGGAGAUCUGAUAUUGAAAAUCACAGAUAUGAAAUUCCUACAAAGCACAAACGCUCCGUCUCCUCUAUGUCUGGUGCAUCAGCUCUUGGAUCCCAGGUCCCAAGUACAACACCAAGUUGCCUAGGAGAGAGUUUUGAGCUAGUGUCUUCCAACAAAGAUAGGGAGGUUAGUGGAGUAACAUAUGCUGAUCCUCCUAAACAGUCACUGCUCUCCGAAAAAGAAGCAGAAAGUACAUGCACAGAUUUAGAAAGCAGUCUAACUUUCAAGGAUGCUGCAGAAUUAGCGAGUGAUUUGAUGAAUUCCCAUUCAGGAGGUAGUCCACCGGAGUCACUGUUGGCUUUAGAAGAGCCAGUAUCACAGGAGAGUGGUGAAAACCUGACAAGCAAAUCCAGUAAUGAAGAAACAACAGCUACACAGUUGCAGACUGCUACCCGAGGGGAAGACAUGCAAAGCUCUUGUAAUGACAUUGUGGAUGUCACAGAAGUUCCAGAUCUGGGUUCUUUGAAUGAUAUAUCUGAAAUCGAAAUUCAGAAUUCUGGUAUUGUAUCUUGUGACUCACAAUCUGACAUUGAUUCCACAAAUUCAAAGACUUGGACGGAUGAAUUAGUGGAGCCUUGUGUCUCAGUGGAACUGAAUGGUAUUAUGAGUGCGACUUCAGAAGAAUUUGACAUAUCUGUUCCUGUAAAUUGCUUCCUUGAUUCUACUAUUGUUGGAGCAAAAUCUAGAAGCCUGACCCUCGAGGAAGCAACAGACACAAUCCUCUUCUGCAGCUCGAUUGUCCACAAUCUGGCAUACGAAGCUGCAAACAUAGCCAUAGAGAAGGAGAACUCAUUAUUGGAAGUCGCUAGACCAACAGUGACAGUGGUUGGCAAAUCCAAUCCCGACAGAAGGGAGAUGCGUUCAAGGCCACUGGGGAAACGCAGUUCCAAGUCCCAGAAAGCUCGUCAAAGAAAAUUGGAGACGGAGACAAAGCCACGGCCUGUGACUCCGGAAAUGGAAGAAAAAUGUAGUCCGCGCAUCGUGAGAUCUCCUAGCAAGGUUGACGCCACACAUCCUCCUCCGAAACUGGAGUCCAAGUGCAACUGCACCAUCAUGUAAGCUGGAGAUGGUAACCACGUGUGUUUAGUCGAUUUGUUUUUUGUUGAUUCUAAUUGUUCCCUAAGAAUAUGAUAUUUAGAGGCAAUCCCUUUUGUAAAGUUGUAAUUUUUAUUAGGCUGGCUGAUAAUAGGUUGGUAUUCUUAUUCUUGGUAUACGUUGAUAGAAGGUGAAAUCCGUAAAUUCUUUUGUUCUGGGGCUUUAGAAGUCAGAACAUUGUAUUAGACAAUUGUUCUUGGCCAUUGUAAUUGUAGCACUUGCUUCAGUUAUAAUUACUCAGAAUUAUUACUA